CGGCUUCUUUUUGCAUGGGAUUCUCUUAACCUAACCAGUUCAUUCGACAUUUAUAUUCGACAGCUUAUUAGUUUGUUUAGCAGCCGGUGAUCAUGGAUUCUGCAAGUAGUGUUAUGAGGGAGAUAGAGGCGAACAAACCCGCCGGGAACGGCAUGGUGGUCGGAGGACUGAGUCCGUUGAGCGAGACAUUGUGGAGAGAGAAGGCUAACUCGGAGUUCGUGGGAGAUGUGUCGGCCAGGCUCACUUGGAAAGAUCUCACCGUCAUGGUGGCACUCAACAAUGGCGAGACACAUAAGCUGCUGGAAGGGCUUACUGGUUACGCUGAACCCGGCACUCUCACCGCUCUCAUGGGACCUUCCGGCUCCGGCAAAUCGACUCUUCUCGAUGCGCUCUCAAGUCGCUUGGCGUCUAACACUUUCCUCUCCGGAACCAUUCUUCUCAAUGGUCAUAAAACCAAGCUUUCCUUCGGGACUGCGGCCUAUGUGACUCAAGAUGACAACUUGAUCGGCACGCUGACAGUCUGGGAAAACAUUUCGUACUCCGCUCGACUCCGCCUCCCUAAUAAGAUGCCUUGGUCCGCAAAGCGAGCGCUUGUCGAAAGUACUAUCAUCGAGAUGGGACUCCAAGACUGCGCGGAUACCGUUAUCGGGAAUUGGCAUUUGCGUGGGAUCAGUGGAGGAGAAAAGAGGAGGGUCAGUAUAGCUCUUGAAAUCCUGAUGAGGCCUAGAUUGCUCUUUCUUGAUGAACCGACAAGUGGAUUAGACAGUGCCUCGGCUUUCUUCGUUACGCAGACGUUACGCGGGCUGUCAAGAGAUGGUCGAACUGUGGUAGCUUCGGUCCAUCAGCCGAGUAGUGAAGUUUUUGAGCUAUUUGAUCAGUUAUAUUUGCUCUCUGGGGGCAAAACUGUUUAUUUUGGUCAGGCAUCUGAAGCAUACGAGUUCUUCGCUCAAGCUGGAUUUCCAUGCCCUGCUUUGAGAAAUCCAUCUGAUCAUUUUCUUAGAUGUAUCAAUUCUGACUUUGAUAAGGUUAAGGCUACUCUGAAAGGAUCCAUGAAAUUACGGUUCGAGGCAAGCGAUGAUCCACUCGAGAAGAUAACCACAGCUGAAGCAAUCCGAACUCUUAUCGACUUCUACCGAACAUCUCAGCAAUGUUAUGCUGCAAAGGAAAAGGUUGAUGGGAUAUCCAAAGUUAAAGGAACCGUGCUAGAUUCCGGAGGCAGUCAAGCUAGUUUCUUGAUGCAGUCUUAUACUUUAACCAAGCGUUCAUUCGUUAACAUGUCGAGGGACUUCGGGUAUUAUUGGCUGAGACUGCUGAUAUAUGUUGUGGUCACUGUCUGCAUCGGAACCAUUUAUCUCGAUAUCGGAACCAGCUACAACUCGAUUCUGGCAAGGGGUUCAUGUGCGUCUUUUGUUUUCGGUUUUGUCACAUUCAUGUCGAUCGGCGGGUUCCCUUCCUUUGUAGAGGAUAUGAAGGUUUUCCAAAGGGAAAGAUUAAAUGGGCACUAUGGUGUGACUGCAUUUGUUAUUGGGAAUACUCUGUCAGCUAUGCCUUUCCUCAUUAUGAUCACCUUCAUCUCUGGGACUAUUUGUUACUUCAUGGUCCGCCUUCACCCGGGCUUCGAACAUUAUCUGUUCUUCGUAUUGUGCCUUUACGCGAGUGUUACAGUGGUGGAGAGCUUGAUGAUGGCCAUAGCCAGUAUCGUCCCGAACUUUCUCAUGGGGAUCAUCAUAGGAGCAGGGAUACAGGGAAUAUUCAUGCUUGUUUCGGGGUUCUUCAGGCUCCCAAAUGACAUCCCAAAAAUCAUCUGGCGUUAUCCAAUGUCCUACAUCAGCUUCCACUUCUGGGCUCUACAGGGACAAUACCAAAAUGAUCUGAAGGGCUUGCUGUUCGAGAAUCAAUCACCGAUUCUCCCCAAGAUCCCGGGCGAAUACAUCCUUGAAAACAUAUUCCAAAUUGAUGUGACACGGUCCAAGUGGAUCGAUCUGAGUGUGAUAUUCAGCAUGAUCAUCAUUUACCGUAUCAUUUUCUUCUUGAUGAUAAAGAUCAGUGAAGAUGUUACCCCUUGGAUCAGAGGGUUGAUAGCCAGGAGAAGGAUGCUACAGAAGAACGGAACUCAAAAUAUGACGGUCGCGCCCGACGGUCUCACGCACUCACCUUCGUUGAGAACUUACGUAGCAAACAGAGCAAAUGCAAGGGAUAAAAGGUAAGACUUGGGGCUGUCCAUCAUCACCUUCCACUCUUGAGAAACAGUCUGUACGCUUUACUUGUUCUAUACAAUACAUACUAUAUUUA